UCCAUCAAUAUUCUGUUUCACAUUUUCGCCGAACACCAUCAUUACUUUAACUCUACUCCAACCAACUAACUAACUUAUUACGAGUUUCAACUUAGAUAAUCACGUUCACUGAGACUUGUCGAUUGAUAUUUUCCAUACGUUUGUCCUUAUUAGGUAUUGAGAUUCAAAACAUGUAAUCUACCACUGCUUUAAAUCAAAUAUAAAAUCAACAUUAUAAUUAAAACUCUACAUGCCGCCGUGUAUCUCGGCACGUAUUACACUACCGAAUGUAAUAACAAUAACUGUGUGGGGUCUUAGGAUACCAAGGAAGGUCUGGGCCCCAACAUAACCCUUCUGCUUCUUAUAACCCUUCUGCUUCUUAUAACUUUUCUGCUUCUUAUAACCCUUCUGCUUUUUAUAACUCUUCUGCAUGGAAUGCUAUCUCCUAAGGGCCACUCGGCACCAGGGGCAUGCUGAAGUGGGGUGUGGGGGAUGUCACAUCCCCCCACUUUUUGUAGAAGCCGUCGGUAAUUUUUUGCCUGUCGGUAAAAGUUGACACAACUAUAACAGCGUGUCGGUAUUUAGGGGAAGAAUUAGAUUACGUCUGCCUUUUCGCAUAGAAAGUGUUGUUGACCGUUUUUGUUAUUAGAUAUAAAUUGUUGCAAACCAAACAGCUGGUUAUAAAUUUUAAUUGCACAAAAAGAUUUAGAGAGCCACUCAUCAAUUGACAGGAAGUGAAAUAUAUUCGUUUGCAAUCUAGUAGCAUAUACUCUAAGUUCUUGGCCAACAGGGCAAUCAUGUUCUUGGAUUUUACAAAAUUUCGUUGUUCUCAGUUUUAUCACGAUUUAAUAGUUUCUCAAUUUUUUUGCUCCGAGUACUGAAGCAAAAUUCUUUCUUUUUCUGACUGUCCAGUACUCGUUUGUUAUUGCCAGUUUCUUAUAAAAAAUGAGUGUAUCGUUUUUGCUGCUAUACUAACCUACAUCUUCCAUUGUAAAAGUAUAUUUUCAGCACAGUGUAAUAACCAAGCGUUGACCGGCUGGAAUCGAAUUACGAAAAUGUGUAUCUUUCUUCUCUAUCGUGUUUCUUAGGAGGCUGUGCAAAUGAUCAAACCUUUCUUUUGACAUCCGUAAAAAAAUGAAAUUCGCGGUCUUUCAGUCGUAGUUCUUGAAUCAAUCCAUGAUAUUGGCUAGAAGUUUUAUUUUUGAAAAUAUCUCUGACCCAGAACCUUCUCUUCUUUCUCUCACGAACUUUUACCUUUUCUCUUCUCUAAUCUCUGUCUACGUUUUCUUCGGACUUGCUACAAGUCUCUCUCUAGAAAACGAAAAAAAGAAAGAAUGGAAGGGAAGGAGAGAGUCUCUCGUUCCCUCCCAUUUUUUCUUUCCCCCCUUUCUUUAAAGAGAGAGACUUGUAGCAAGUCCACGUUUCCUUAAGUUAUAUAUACCAAUCAUCAUUGCAAGGAGUUUUUGUAGUCCUGUGAACGAAUUUUUGCUUACGAUUUAAGUAUAAUUUGAGUAUACGAUUAACGCGUCAGUGAGUACACGGUUUAGCUGAGCAUCCUUCUGUAAAGAAAUAUUUAAUCGUUAUAAUCGUUACCGUGGUAAUCGUGAUAAUCGUGAUAAUCGCCUGGUGAGUACCAUGCUUUAGGUGCUUGGCGCGACUACAGUGACCACUAUCUCUAUGGUUGCCAGGGAAAAAGUCCUAACAACACGUUGCUUCGUGUCGCCCCGAAGGAGCUUUUAGGCCCUUGCCCAUCCCACCUUUUCAUUGAAAAGACUGCUAACUCUGGUUUAGUGAUGAUAGCAAGAAGUUAGGGAGCCAUAGAAGAACAAAGGAUCAAUAGUAGGUCCUUCAUUUAACAAUGUAUCCUUACAAGUUAUACCGAAGACGAUGGACUGUCUUGGCCUUGUUUUCUUUGAUAUCAAUGACAAAUGAAGUUAUCUGGAUCAGUUUGUCCUCGAUAACGAGCAUCGUGCAAGAAUAUUACCGCGUUGAUGCGAUUGCUGUCAACUGGCUGUCUAUGAUAUACAUGCUUUUGUACGUGCUUGUCGUAAUCUCAUCAUAUAUCCUCGACAAAUAUGGUCUUCGAUUCACUAUCAUCGUUGGCGCCCUUCUAAAUGCAAUGGGGAGUUGCCUUAGGGCAAUUGGCGCCAAUCGAGAUGGCUUUCCCCUUGCUUUUCUUGGGAAUACAUCGGCAGCCCUUGCUCAAUGCUUUAUUCUGUUUGUGCCCCCUCGUUUAGCCGCUGUUUGGUUCGGGGACCACGAAAGAGCAACAGCUUCAGCUAUUGGAGUUCUUAUGAACAUGUUCGGGGUUGCACUUGGCUUUUUAAUGGGAGGGACUAUGGUACCAAGCAGUAAAAACAUGGAUUGCGACGUAAAACAAGGAAUGCACGUUUUGCUCCUUUCACAGGCCAUUUUCUGCUCAAUUUUAGCAUUUGUAAGUUUGGUUGUAAUAAAGAAUGCCCCACUGACUCCACCCAGUCGAUCUCAAGAACUGGUGUUGAGAUUGAAAUACCAACCAUGUUUCAACGAUUUAAAUACAAACGGAGAGAAUGCACACUUAAUGGAAACAGACAGAGGUCUACCAGACAGCGAUGAAAAGAAUGAAGAGCAAAAACAAGCAAUUAAACAGCAAGAAACUUUGCUUGACCAUGAUACAACAAAUUUGAAGAUUGAUGAAAACAAAAGUGAAAACCAUUGCACCACAUAUACCCAUGUACCUGCAUUUGGAGAAUCAAUUUUGAUUCUUGGAAAAGAUAAGUCGUUUCAUCUGAUCUGCCAAGCCUAUGGGUUUUAUUUUGGCUUAUUUGCAGCUUACAACACUAUAUUAAACCAAAUGGUAAUUUCACGCUACCCAGGAAAGGAGAAGGAGAUUGGGUACAUGGGAUUUGCUGCAGUGAAUUGUGGUCUUUUUGCCAUAUUUUUCAGUGGAGUAUGGCUUGACAGGACCAGGAGGUACAAAAGUCUCUCAGUUGCAAUAUUUACUGCUUGUGCUGUUACGAUGGUGAUAUUUACUUUGCUCCUUAAGUAUCAUGACAAUUUCAUUAUUUUGUUUAUCAGCUUUUGUGCCUUUGGUUUCUUUUCAUACCCAUAUAUGAGUGCAGGUCUUGAGCAUGUAGCUGAAGUCACUUACCCAGUUCCAGAAGGCACAACAUCUGGUAUACUUCUUUUGGUUGGCAAUAUCUACGGGAUAAUAUUAACCUAUAUAGUUGGGGCUGCAAUUGAUAAUGGGGGUGGUGACCUUGGUGGUUAUCUUAUGGCUGCUUGUUAUGUUAUCGGAACAUUGUUGGUAUUAAUCAAUUCUGCCCCUUUAAAGCGGAGCGAGGCAGAUAAGCUGCACCACUGACAAUAUGGAAUCAUUUUGAAUUCUUCUCAAUGAAGUUAUUAAGUAAACAUAUACCCUUUGGUUAUUGAGAAUUCUUAUUCAGUUAUUCCUUCUUCAUUCACUGUAGGCAAGGAUUCGUGAGCAUUUGACACAGAUUCAAAAAAGUUGACACAUUCAAAAUGUAGCAUAACAACGUUAGAACUGAAAUAAAACAGGAGAUAAAGUUUAUUUAUUUACUUAAAGUCAUGUGUCAGAAAUCAUACUAAUUGAAGAUUUUAUAGUCUUCUCUUCGCAAAAGGCAUUUUUAAGUUGCCCAUCUGAUUCAGAACAACUGAAGAAAUCGUUAUAAUAACCUUUAAAGACUUUCUUCUCAAAAUUUAACACUUGGAUAAAAAUAGAAAACCAUUUUAUAUUGCAAACAACAUCAGAGAUUUCCUGACGAAAUAGCUGUUUAGCUUUAUCUACGCCCCUGGUUAUAAGCAAAAUUUUCUUCUUAUCCAACAGAUUUAAGUCCCUGAAAUGAGGCCUUCUUUAAAAUUUGAGUCUUAUCCAGUGUUUUAGGUGAUAACAGAUUGAUUUUCAAAAUACAAAGUUUACUUCUUUAAGGGAAUAAAUCAUAGAAAUCCAAAACAAAAAGCAUGAGGAGUUUCCUGUUAGUUCUGCAUGAAAUGAAAUAUCCAGUGAUCAAUUUUUUUCAGGCCAUUUCAAAGCAAAAUAAUUUGCUUUUAAAUGCAAAAAAAUUCAGGCCAUUUGUCUUUUAAUGGAUUUGUCUAACACUUGAUUUGUCAACCUUGAAUAGCGGAUAUGUCUAAUUAACUGAUUUUUUAACAAGAAGUUGUUGACUAUUUCAGCAAUAUGCAUUUUGUAUUCGUUGUGGUUCAUAUUAUCAAGUUCAUUAACAAGCUGCGGUUUCCAAAGUCUCAAGCAAAAAAAACAUAGCCAAUUGAAAAAGACAGUAGAUGAGAAACUUUGAAGUUCUCAUUGAAAGUUGCUAAAAAUGCUAUUGGGCUGAUAAAACUGAUAACAGCUCAAGUCACCCAUGGUUGCAGGAUUCAAUUCAUAUCAAUCUACUCAGGUGGCCAUUAAAUGGGGGUGAUUAAUUAUCCAUUAAAAAUUUUAAGCAGGUUAGUUUCCACGAUGACUUUUAUUAUUUUGUAUAGCAUAAAACGUUUAUAUUUAAUUUUUUCUUAUUUGCUUAAUGCUGAUACCAUAUAGAUAGUAUUUAUAUUUCAUGUUUAAUGCCCAGAUGCUGAAUAUUUAUUAUAUUUAAUGCUUUAUAUAUUUAAUGUGUAGGUAACCAGCCAUACAUUUUGUAGUCAGAUUUUGUGCUUUUCAUAAUCCUUUUUAUGCUGGUUUUUCUGGCCAGGACCUAUAAUAUUUCAAGGGCAUAUUGCCCAACAAAAGCAAGUAUACAAUUUAUACCUGUUAAUGUUGUGUUUAAACACAUAGGGUGUAAUGUGUUAGUAGAUAUGACAUUGUUUUUAUCAACCACGUAUUAUUGUAAAUGGGGUAACCAUUGCUCCAAAAUAUGUUGUGGUUCUUUUAUCUUCUCUUUGUUUCUAUGUGCACAGAAUGAGUGAUUAUUUUAUUUAUUUUUGGUAGUUUCCAAUAACAAUAAAGAAACAGUUGGGGUUGGUGGUGAUUGUAAUCUGAGCAUCAUCACAACAUAGUUUAGAUGUGCAUUGGGAAAGUUAAGAGAACUUUUCCCUUACUCACUUCACGUGGACUGUCUUUUAGAACGCGGGGCAGGCUAAAUGACACUUUCAUGCGAUCGCCUCUAUUAUAUGGAAGCGAACGCUGCACACCAACCAUUGCGAAUAUUCAAAAACGUAAUGACCGAUCCAUGAUACGGUGGAUAUGCAAUGCGUGUGCUUGGAAGAUCGCUCCAGCUCCGAUUCCUUGCUAAAGAAACUAGGCAUAAAUGAUAACUGGGCUGACACCAUUCGUGACGACAAAAAGACAUGGAAAAUGACGCAUUUCGACCCAAUGGACAGAUUCUUGUUGCUUGUUGGGGAAGUUACUGGAAACUAACAGUAUUCCAGUAAAACCCCCUUCAAGGGGAAACGUCACGUUAAACGAAUAAUGAUGAAUGAUAACAUACUAUUAGGAUAAAGGAAAGUGUCAUGAUGGAGAAAAUGUUGUGACAAGUAUUCAUAAGCCCCAAAUCUAACGGAUUCAUACAGGCAUACUAGGCAGGGGCUAAGGGGUGCUGCAAAAAGAAUCCCAAAGUUGUAAAGCUUGAAGAGCUGUGAAGCAAAGUAUAAUUAUUUCAGUUACAAAUGGCUUGCCAAUCUUUUUUGCAUAAACUAUAUUUCUUUGCAAAAUCAAAGGAAUAUUCCAAUUUGCAAAGUGAUAAGGAAUUUACAACGUGAUUCUAUUGAGUAUAUUGAGAAACAAGUUUCUGCAUCCGGAGAUGUUCUAAACACGAGUUU